UGCUCUGAACCAGAGAAAGCACUCUUGAGUAAUGUAGCUUUGCGUGAUUACAGUUAAUUCCACAUUUGGUUUAUAUCUAUGAUUGAUAGAUGUUUUAUCCAGUGGAGCAUCUAAGCUCUGUAAUCGUCGAAUUUAACCCCACCAUUAACAGAUAUUUUUGUUUAGUGGGAAGCACAAAGCAUCCAUCAAUAGGAAUAGUAUUAAAAUGAUGCGGGCAGGAGAAAAAACCAAGAUCCCAAUCUCUGUUUUGAUAUUUUCACAUCUCAUCAGUGGCUUGCAACACCUGAAACCAUUAAUGACACUCACCGUAAAUUGAGCUUUACUCUAUGGCGGUUGAUGGACAAACUCCAAGUAGCGAUGAUCUGGCACAGUGCAUAGCUGCACAUUUUCUUAAUCCAAAUAUAAAAACUCCAAUCACUGUAGGCAUUACUGGUGGAUGUAGUGAGGGAGUGACCAGUCUCAUGAACAAGAUAGAAGCUCAUCUGCUCGUCACAGCUGCCCAAGCCGCGUUUCCACACAAGGAUUUCAGUGGAGAGGGGAUGAUUAGAGCCCUCAGCGAACAAGGUAAAAGAAUUGCAAAUGGAGUUGUCCAUUUAUUGGCCCAACAAAAACCAGGAGAAUAUAUAGCAAAAGAACAAGAAAAGGCACUGGUCCAAUUUUUGGAGGAAUAUCGACCAGAACAUGAAGCCGUUUACAAAUCUUUGGCCUGCAUCGAAUUGAAGCAACUGGUGAAAGAACCAGAACACGAGAGCAAGGAGAAAUCACUGGUGAAAGAUCCAGAACAUGACAGAAAGGAGAAAUCAGCGGUCAAAGAUCCAGAACGUGACAGCAAGGAGAAAUCACGGGAAAUUCCUAGGGUUUUAACUGUAAAAUUCAGUGCUCGAGAUUACAGAGGAACGCUCGAAGCCUCUGACGGUCUGCAAGUUGAGAUAGCAGAAGCAAUCGAGAUUUCUAUGACGCGUGCCCAGCGCUGGACCACUCGCUGCAGACAUAACCGCCAAAGCCUUUUCGACAUAUUUGAUUUGCUAAUUCCUGCUCUAGUAUUUGCAGCAUGGACGUUUAUAGACCGCUUUAAUGUCUCAAAGCUCAAAUAUGGAGCUAUUCCUGCAUCUGUAAUUGCAUUUGCUGCUUCUGCACUCAAGAAAUUCCGUACUUUUUGUAAUUGGAAGCAAGUGAGCAAAUUUGUGAAUGAUCAUCUCAAGUCUCGCAAGUCAGAUCAGUAUGGCCAGCAGCAGACGGUUAUUUCAAAGAUCAAAUUUUUGAAAAAGGAAAGUGGAAAAAAACCCUGGCCUGUUUUUUCAUUUUUUUCAGGUGAAAACUUGAAAACCCUGACCUGUUUGCUGGAGGAGAAGAUUGAGAAGACUCCUGUUCCCAAAUAUGGAUCAGCUCCACACGAGAAGCUUCGUAUAAUAGUCUUUCUGGAGGGCCUCGAGCAUUAUGAAGACUCAGUUAUAGUGCGGGUGAUGCAGUCCUUAAGCACACUGGUUAAAGCAUGUGAAAUCAACUUUGUUUUAGCACUGGACAAGAAUAUCAUUCGAAAAGCAUUUAAAAGUUCUUCACAGAAAGAGGAUGAUGCCGAUUACUUUAUUAGCCAGAUUAUCGAGCUUCCAGUCACCUUACUGCAUCCAGCUGUUGAGAGUGAAAUUAACUCUGAAAUGCAAGGCAAUACCAUAAAUGAUAUUGAAAAACAACUGAUAUCCAGAAGUGAAAGUAAGAAAUGUGUAAGUAGGGUUCAAGAUAUGUCCAUGAUGACAAAUAACCUUGAAGAGAGUGUAACCUUUAAAAAAUUGAAUUGCUUUGCGAGAGAGAUCUCUGGGCUUCAUCAAAAUUAUAUAAAAUACCACAAUUUUGCAAGGAAUGUUAUAAGCCAAACAAUGGAUCCUGCCACUAAAACUUCUUGGCAAUGGGAUAAGGAAUUAGUGGCUUGGAUCUUUAUAUGUUUCCAAUGGAGACAAGAAAUAAACAUUCUUAUUCAGGAUUGGCAUGCUUACAUUGAUGUUAAAGACAAAAUUGGGGAAACAAAACAAGAACCCUCACUCAAGGAAAUUGUUGCUAAUUACAUAAAACAUCAAGUUGAUUCUAAAGAAAACAAGAAGAAUGCAAUUGAUGCCAAAGAGAAAGAGAAGAAGGAAUUUGAUUCUGAGGAGGAGAAGAAAGAAAAGUGGAAUAAACUAAAAGUUAUGUUUAGUUUUGGAGACGCUGUCUUCAAUUUUGAAGAAAACCAGUUCCAUGGUAAUCUUCCAAGAUGGAAAAGCUUAUAUAAAGCCUUAAGUCAAGUCCAAGAUGUAUCCAUGAAGGGUAUUCAAUGCUUUCAACAUUUCAGGUUCCACUGUGACACGGGAUAUCUUAACCUCCCUCGCGACCUUUCAUGAACUUCCAUGCAACUAGGUUCAUAUAAGAAUUCUUAAGUCGAAAAUACUAAAUGAUAUAAUGGAUUACAAUUCUAUUAUAAUAAUUUCCAUAUGAUGGUUGGUAUUAUUGUAACUUGUUUAUUUGAAUAGGUGAAACAAAGAUAAAUUUAUCAUU